AAAUUGGAUUGAGAGUGACAGAAGAAAAGAGAAGCCAUGGACUUGGGAGAUGAAACCGACAUCUCUCAACCCUACACCCAAGAGGACGGCGACCCCCACCUCGUCGGCUUCAUCAACGCCAACAUCGUCGGCCUCCGCUACUACUCCGGCACCGUCAACGGCCGCGAAAUGGUCGCCCUCCUCCGCGAACCCCUCAACCCUCACGACCCCAACGCCAUCAAAGUCCUCAACACCCGCUCCAUCCAGGUCGGUCACAUCGAUCGCACCGUAGCCGCCGCGCUUUCCCCUCUCAUCGACUCUGAACUCAUCACCGUCGAGGCCAUUGUCCCCAACCGCCGCUCCAAGACCAACAGCUUCCGCCUCCUCUGCCAAAUCCACAUCUUCGCCCCUCUCCCUUCGUUCCCCACUGUCAUUGAGCUCAUCUCCGAGAGAGGCCUACACCUCAUAACCCAAAACGACGCCUCCUUUACGUUAUCGGAGUCCGUUGCCGUUAAAGAAACCCGCGCUGAUUCGAGGUUCAAGACUGUGGACGAGAUUUUCAGGCUUGUUGAUGAGAGCUUGACGGUCAAGGAGCGUGUGUCUCACGCGCUUGAGCCUCCCGAGAGCAUUGUGAGGUCGAAGCUGAUGGAGCACCAGAAGGAAGGGGUGUGGUGGCUACUCAACAGAGAGAAAAGCGAGGAGCUUCCACCGUUUUGGGAGGUGGGAGAAGGGGGCGAGUUUGUCAACGUGUUGACCAAUUACAGCACGUGCGUUAAGCCAGAGCCUUUGAGGGGAGGGAUCCUGGCCGAUGCAAUGGGGCUCGGGAAGACUCUCACUUUGCUCUCUCUUAUUGCCCUUGACAAGGUUUCCGGUCAGAGGAAGGGAAAGAAGAGAAGAAAGAUUGAGAUUGGGGAGAGCAGUGCAACGCUUGUAGUGUGCCCUCCCUCUGUGUUUUCGACAUGGAUUUCGCAAUUGGAAGAACACACUGUGCCUGGUUCACUCAGGACUUGCAUGUAUUAUGGUGACAAGCGGGCUAAGAAUGCUGAGGACCUCAUGGAUUAUGAUUUGGUGCUCACUACUUACUCUACACUCUCCGUGGAGGAGGAUGACCCCAACUCGCCGGUGAAGAAAGUGGUGUGGAGGAGGAUCAUAUUGGAUGAGGCUCACACUAUCAAGAAUUCAAAUGCCCGGCAGAGCAAGAUGGUUAUUAGUCUCAAUGCCAAGAGGAGGUGGGCUGUCACCGGCACACCUAUUCAGAAUGGUUCCUUGGACUUGUUUUCCCUCAUGGCUUUCCUGCAUUUUGAGCCCUUCUCCAUAAAGAGCUAUUGGCGCAGCCUUGUGCAACGGCCUCUUAAUCAGGGCCUUCAGAGCGGCCUCUCACGCCUCCAGGUUUUGAUGGCGGCAAUUUCGUUAAGAAGAACAAAAGAUAAUGGAUUGUUAGGGGUGCCACCAAAAACUAUUGAGACUCAAUAUGUUGAACUUAAUUCAGAAGAACGUGAAUUGUAUGAUCGGAUGAAAGAGGAAGCGAUGCUUUUAAUGAGGAGUUUUACCAAUGGAACUAACAAUUUUCCUGUUGUACUAAGUAUGCUUUUGCGUCUUCGCCAAAUCUGUACUGAUUCAGCAUUGUGCCCCAGUGAUCUCGCAACGACAUUCCGUUCAACUAAUCUUGAAGAUGUUUCCAAUAACCCAGAGUUGUUGCAAAAGUUAGUUGAGAUGUUGCAAGAAUGUGAAGAUUACGAGUGCCCAAUUUGCAUUUCUCCUUCAGCGGACAUCAUUAUCACCAGCUGUGCUCACAUCUUCUGCCGACUCUGUAUUCUGAAAUCUCUACAAUCCAGCAGAUCCCGUUGUCCUCUUUGCCGUCAAGCUCUAUCUGAAUCUGACUUGUUCUCAGCCCCAAUCGAGCCUUCUAAAGCUGAUAGUACCUCUUCAUCCUCAUCAUCGGAUAAAAAGUUAUCUUCCAAAACAUCUGCUUUGAUAAAAUUUCUCAAAGAAUCAAGAGAACAGAAGCCAACAGCAAAAUCGGUAGUGUUUUCACAAUUUCGCAAGUUGUUAUUGUUAUUGGAGGCGCCUUUGAUGGAGGCUGGUUUCAAGACUUUGCGCAUUGAUGGCUCGAUGACAGUUAAACAGAGGGCUAAUGUUAUUGAUCAAUUUCAAGACAAUAAAGAAAACGGACCGACCGUUCUGCUUGCAAGCCUUAGGGCUUCAGGUGCAGGUAUAAAUCUCACAGCCGCCACCACGGUGUAUUUCAUGGAGCCAUGGUGGAAUCCGGCUGUUGAGGAACAGGCAAUGGAUCGCAUCCAUCGUAUUGGACAGAAAGAGGCGGUGAAGAUUGUUAGAUUGGUUGUUCUGGACAGCAUUGAGGAAAAGAUACUGCUGUUGCAGGAGAAGAAGAGGGAAUUAGCAAGAGAAACAUUUAACAAGAGGGGAAGUGAUUCUGGUGGCAUGAACUAUAAAGAUCUAAGUUUCCUUAUGUCCAUAGAAUGAUGGUUCGAUUAGGACUUUCCUUGCUUUGGGAAGGGAGGAAAUUAUUUUGUUUUGCUAUUUUUGCUUCUCCUAACCUCUUACUUUGGCACCCUAGUUCCGAUACUAAUUAAACCAAAGCUAUGUUUGGUGGUGACCUACUCUUUUUGGGGAUAGAAAGUCUAUUAUACAGUUUGCUAUGACCUCGCCACUCGUAUGAUA